UUUUGAACGCAACAAUCUUUAUGAGUUUGGCCUAAAUAUCUUGAAGCUUCCACUGACGCAACCUAAUCAAUAUAAAUUGUGAUCUUCCAGAAGAGAAGGGAUCAGUUCCAGUGAAAAUGGGUCCGUCAUUUCUGAGCAUCGUGUCCCUGUACAGAGCCUACCUCCGACGCUGCUUCGCGGGGGCAGGACUGUCGUCGCGGACGCUCGACGUGGACAGCCAAACCACGCUCCACUUUUGGGCCCCGAGAGAUAAAUCGGCCCAGAAGGGUUCGGUGGUUCUGGUCCACGGGUUUGGGCCUGAGGCCAUAUGGCAGUGGCGGCGGCAGGUCCAGUUGCUGGCCCCUCACUUCAACGUGUACGUUCCGGACCUGGUAUUCUUCGGAGGGUCCAGCACGAGGUCGAGCGAGAGAAGCGAGGUGUUCCAAGCAGCGUGUGUGGGGAAGCUUCUAGAGAAAUUGGAGGUGGAGAGGUUCCACGUGGUGGGCACGAGCUAUGGGGGCAUGGUGGCUUACAAUUUGGCCCAAAUGUUGGGGAAAGAGAGGGUGCAGAAAGUGGUUAUUGCUAGCUCCGGCGUUAACAUGACUAAGACCCACAACGUGGCGUUGCUGCAGAGGGCCCAAUUGGACAACAUCCAGGAACUCAUGUUGCCUCCCACGCCCCAACAUUUGCGAAAAUUGAUGUCCUUGUCCAUCCACAACCCUCCCAAAAUUUUGCCACAUUUUUUCCUUUCCGACUUCUUGGAUAAAUUAUACGCAGAAAAUAGGAAGGAAAAAAUGGAGCUUCUAAAAGGGUUAACCAUCGGAAGGGAUAAUACUUCAAACAUUUCACCUCUUCAACAGGAGGUUCUUAUAGUCUGGGGGGAAGAAGACAGGAUAUUUCCUGUGCAAAUGGCUCAUGAACUAAAAAAGGUAAUUAGUCAGAAAGCAAGACUGGAAUUGAUAAAGGAGGCAUCUCAUGUGCCUCAAAUGGAAAAGCCAGAAGAAUUCAACAAUAUUCUCUUAAAUUUCUUACAGGAGUGCUCUUAAGUUUUUUUUUUUUUUUUUUUUUUUUUUUAAUGAGCAUUGUUGUUAAUUUACAUUAGAGAUAUAUUAUGUCUACAUUAUUUUUUUGUGAAACAAAUGUCAUUCUUUUUCAUUCCAUUUAAUAAUAUAUAUGAUUAUUAUCUACUCAA